AUACUCAUCUACGAAAGGUUGACGAAAUAAGAAAUUAUUUAAGUGACUUUUAUAACAAAAUUAAAAAUAUAUAUGAUAAUCCAGAAAAAUUUGAAGAAAAUCUUCAACAAAUUCUUUUAAUCGUUGAGCUAAUGCAAAGAAAUGAUCUUAAAGAAGAACUUUUGAAAAAAAUUUCUUUAUUAAAUUUCUUUAAACUUGUUAAACCGGGAUCUGUUGACAUUAAAGGAAAUACUAGUAGUUGGUAUGGUCAUAUAUCUAAGAUAAUUAAGGAGCUAGAGUUACUUACAUCUUCUCCUAAAGUUCAUAAUCAAGGACAUUUAUUAACACUCGAAGGCAUAAUCAUUGGUACUGAAGAUCUUAAUAUUGCUAUGAAUAAUCUAAAACUAUUCGAAAUAAAUGUAUUUAGCUUAAAUAGCUUGUUUAUUGAUAAGGAUAUAAUUGCACCAGGAAUUAAUUUGACGAUGGUGUCCCCUCAGUGGCGUGUUAUAGGUAAAAGGAUAAUUAAUUUAAAAGGUAAUCCUGGUCCCCCACACGCAUCAAGUAAAGCAAAUGAUGGAAUAAAUGAUGGAAUAUCUUAUAUCAACGAAAAAAUUAAUAUUGAUCAAAUUAAUGAUGAACAAAUUAAUAACGAAAAGAAGAUUAACGAUGAAAAAAUUGAUAGUCAAGCAGAUAACGAAAUAUCUCCCAUUGAAGGACAAAAAAUUAAUGGUGAAGAUGGCCUGCCUGGACUGCCUGGUUCUAACGGAGGAAAUUUUUAUGGUAAAGGGGUUACCUUUCUUAAUAUUUCUUCUUUAACUAUCAAUGUUAGUGGUGGCGAUGGUGGUCAAGGUCAAGACGGUGGUAACGGUGCUGAUGGAUUAAAUGGAACCGAUUGUGGAGAGGAUUAUGUAAAAAAUAAAAACGAUUCGGCACUUAUAUCAAGAGAAAAGGUAAAAUUAAAUUUAUCUUCAGAAGAUGAAGCUCUCGAUAAAUCAAAAAGAUGUACCGAAAAACUUAUUAAGCUUGUGUUUAUCGCUUUUUGUUAUAACUAA